UCUGAAGAGCUGGGAGAAUCGGGUGAGUAUAAUGUCUACAGCACGUUCCAGAGUCACGAACCGGACUUUGACUAUCUGAAGAGUUUGGAAAUUGAGGAGAAGAUCAAUAAGAUCCGCUGGCUGCCACAGCAAAACGCUGCCCACUUCCUCCUCUCUACCAACGAUAAAACUAUAAAGUUAUGGAAGGUGAGCGAGAGAGACAAGCGGCCAGAGGGCUACAAUCUGAAGGACGAAGAAGGGCGAAUAAAGGACAUCUCCACCGUGACCUCAUUACGGGUAUAUCACAGUUGGCAUAUUCAAUCCAGUGCAGAAAGAGGGUUUGAUUUAUUUGAUUUGAUUGAUUGAUUGAUUUAUAAUUUGUUUUAGUCAUUGAUUUUUUCAUGCUCUAAAAAUAUUAACGUACACAGUUCUAAAUGGUCAAUUAAUGCAUUGUGUGGUUAACUAUUUUUGUAUAAUGACUGAUAAAUUGUAUAUUUGACAGCUGACAUCAUCAACCUGCUUGCAGUAUCUAUUUCCUCCAUGAAGUAUCUGUGCUUCUCAUAUAACUCCUUGGGCUAUUUUUUUCUCACAUG